AUGGGCGACUCCACGCCGCUCACACUGCGCGCCGACCUGCCAUACCCCAUCACUCUGACCCGGCUGGUCCUCGUCCCCGGUCAGCCUGUACGGCGCGGCGACCGGCUGCUCGAGUACAGCUUUCUGUCCGCGACACAGCGCAAAGAGAAUGAGGCGGCGCUCAAGCAGGGCAAGACUGUCCCGCCCGAAAAGCACAAGAACGACAUGGUGGGCUCGUGGGAGAGCCCCAUCGACGGCGAGAUUGUGCGGUGGGGCGAGGCCGCCAAGACCGGGACUGUGAUUGAGCGCCGGCAAGCGAGCAAACCCCUCGUCUGGGUCGAGCAGCCGUGUACCCACCCCGUCCAGAUCCACGGCAUGUGCGGGGUGUGUGGUGCAGACUUGACAAAUGACGACUACCUCUCCCGCCCCGCCGCCGAGGAGCCUGGUCCGUCGCGGUAUCCGGGCAGCUUUGAGCUCGCUCACGAUGCGCUGGGUGUGACCGUCUCCACCAACGAGGCGAAGCGACUGGAGACAUUAUCGCGAGACACGCUGUUGUCGUCGCGCCGCCUGUCACUCAUUGUCGACCUGGACCAGACCAUCAUCCAUACCACCGUGGAUCCGACGGUGGGCGAGUGGAUGAACGAGAUCAUGGAGGACGAGGAGGAGGAGAGGCGGGCGAAGGAGGAGGAAGAGGAAAAGGAGAAGAAGGACAAGGCCGUGGAAGAGGGUGGGGAAGGCGACAAGAGUGCAGUGCGGAGCACGACGCCGCCAAUGUCCCCACCCCCCAAGCGCGAGAAGAAUCCCAAUGCCGAGGCGCUCAAAGACGUGGCGCGCUUCCAGCUCGCCGACGACCUGCCUCCCGGAGCAGUAAAGACCAAGGGACGCAGGCCCGAGCCCGUGAGGUGGUACUACACCAAGCCAAGGCCCGGACUUACCAAGUUUCUCUCGUCUUUGAGCGAGCUCUACGAAAUGCACGUCUAUACGAUGGGCACACGGACAUACGCGGACGCCAUCUGCCGCGUCAUCGACCCCGAGGGCAAGAUCUUUGGCGGUCGUAUCUUGUCGCGUGACGAGAGUGGGAGCAUGAGCUCCAAAUCCCUUGUCCGCCUCUUCCCCACCGACCAAAGCAUGGUCGUCGUCAUCGACGACCGCUCAGACGUCUGGGGCGACUGCCCCAACCUGGUCAAAGUGGUUCCGUACGAUUUCUUCAUCGGCAUAGGAGACAUUAACGGCUCGUUUCUCCCGCCCACCCAGCCGGCAGUGACGCCCAUCCCUGCCGCCGCUGCUGCUGCCGCCGCGUCGUCGCCGAGCACGGCCGCGUCGAGUCCCGGGCCCGAGACGCCGCCCGAGAUCCCGAGCACCGAGGACGGCCUGCUGCUCCAGUCCAAGCUGCUUGACGACCUGGCGGAGAAGCGGCCGCUGGCGAAGCUGGAGGAGGAGACGGAGCGUGCCGAGGAGGAGGCGGAGAGUGCGGCCGAGGCGGCAGAAGCUGAGGGAUCAGGCAAGCCUGAAAAGGACGCAACGGCCGAGCCCCAGGCGGCACAAGCGCCUGCUGCCCAGGCUCACCACCCGCACCCGCACCCGCACCACCGCAAGCAGCUGCUCAACCCGGAAGACCACGAGCUGGAACGAGUUGCAGGAAUCCUCCGCGAAGUCCACUCGGGCUUCUACAAGGCAUUCGACGACCGCGUGCCCGGCUCAAAUGCCAUGCCACUGCAGUGCGACACGCCGCUCCUCAUCCAGGAGAUCAAGGACCAAGUGCUCUCGGGCUGCGUCAUUGCCUUUACGGGCGUGAUCCCGCGCAACGUCGUUCCCGAGCGGUCGGAUAUCUGGCAGACGGCGGAAUCGUUUGGCGCGCUGUGCGUGCACGAGCUCAACGAUAAAGUCACACACCUGGUGACGGCCACGCUGGGCACCGAGAAGAUGCACCGCGCCGCGCGCAUGCCGCGGACCCAGGUCGUGUGGCUGACGUGGCUGCAAACGAGCAUUGCGCUGUGGCGGCGCGAGCCCGAGGACCCCUUCCUCGCCCACCGGCCGAGUACGGGGUCGGGGUCGCGCGGCGUCAACUCGCGCGCCGACUCGGAGGACGCCAAGCAGGCAGAGGGCGGCGGCGGCGGCGGCGGUGCUGCCUUUGGGCGCGCGCGGGAACCCGAGACGGACGCCGACGGCGACACGCCCAUGACGGAGGAAUCGGGCGACACCGAGAGCGAGGGCCCCGUGGACGCGGACGGCCACCAUGUCUCCGAGGACGACCUGGCGCAGGACGCGGCAGUGUUCGACGCGGCAUGGGACGACGACGCGCAGGCCGAGUUUGACAAGUUUCUCGAAGACGGCAGCGACGACGACGACGACGACGACGACGAAGCCCACACGGCGACGGACGGCGGCGACAACGACGACAGCAGCAGCGACGACGAGCCCGUCAACCGGUCGCGCUCGCGCGCCGAGACGCCGUCUGUGUGGUCGCGCGCGGCGACGCCGGGCCCGUCCAUCCUCUCGCGAGCGGGCACGCCUGGUCCCGAACAAGAUCCCAAGCACGUCCGGUACGCCGACGAGGAGAACCAGCCGCUGGAGAGUGUCCGGCAGCCGCAGCCGGGGGACAUUUCCUCGUUCCCCGCCUUGCCGCCGCGCAAGCGCGCACGACUGCUGUUGACGGCGCCGACGGACGAUGACGACGUGCCCGAGGCCAACCGGAUGAACUACACUGCGCCGGGGAGCUACGGCAAAGAAAAAGGGGAGGCGAACGGGGACAUGGGGCCCGAGACGGAUGGGGAGGGGACAGAGGGGACGGGUGGCGGCGCGUCCGAGGCGGAGAGCGAAGACGAGUUUGCGCAGAUGCUCGCCGACAGCCUCGCCGAGGAGUAG